AUGGCCGACAUAAUGGACGUCAUGGACCUCACCUACUGCGAAGGCGCCCGCCUCCUCCAGCAUUCCCACGCCGAUAUAGGCUCGAUUCUCCUCCAACGACCCAACGGCGGUCUGAUCUGCCAGCAUUGCUAUCUCGUCGUCGCGGACGCCAACGACGUCAAUGCCAUUACCCCAGACCAAGACUGGGCGUUGCUAGUGAGCUGCCACGUCCAGGCAUGCGGGUCAUUGCACGACAGGCGGGCCGCAUACUCGUGCUAUGCUUGUCUCGAGACGGGCAAGGCGUCCGUGGAAACGACCAUGGCGGAACUGAAGGCGCAUCUCCAGGUUUGUGAGUUGAUCAGGGAUAUCAGGCUCAGUGGGAAGUAUAGGGGACAGGUCCAGGGGUACCCGACGAUGUCUUCCCCUGUGAGCAGGGGAAGUGUUCGAGAGCCUGAAACCAAUCCGUUGUCUACAGCAGCAGACAUGGAUUCAGCAGCCUCAAGACAUCGACCUGACAGGACGAAAACAGCACAAAGCCUCAUCAGUGCUCGAGACGCGCCAUUAGACCCUUUCGCUCACGCGCAGGACGUGCCAGGCACAUCGGCUCCACAAUCGCACGUUGAGACGCCCCAGGAACACAAUCCACCGCUGCCGUCGCGACUGAAGUCGAAGGCUCCAACGAAUGCAGAGACAAUCUACAGCCCUCCGAUGGUGCGGCGACCUGAACAGCCCGUUCAAUCGCACACCACGCGUCAACGCGCACCGGACAUGUACAACAUCCCGGGCGGUUUUCCUGGUCCUAAUGCUGCGGCAGUCGACUCCCGAACAUCGUCGUUGCAUGACCACUCGUCGACGGUGCCUCGAAGAAAGGAAGUCCGAACGGAAGUGCCAGGACCCUCACAGGCUUCCUCGGCUGAGACCAAAUCGUUCCCAACAGCACCGAGCCGUGCGCCGCCCGCUCCGCCAGUAUUAUCAUCACCUGCACCACCGCCGUACCAUCAAGGCAGAGACACGCAUGGAAGCGUCCAGCAUUCUGUUCCUGUGGGUCCACAGAGUCCAUCAUCCAACACGAACACCGGGCCCGAUCCUGUCAAGAUCCAGCAGCUCGUGUCGUUUGGGAUACCCCGAAUGGACGCAGAGUAUCUGCUGAGCCGGACGGGAGGAGAUGUGAAUGCUGCGGCAGAACUCCAACUCUCAGAGAUGGGCAGUUUGAACGGUCAUGCACGCGAAACUGCUCCUCAAACUCCGCAGGGUGGUACGUUUUCAGCGCCGCUGGGUUCGAAUCCGGUGGAUAGGCGAAAUCACUGGCGGUCAAAAUAA